AUGGCAGCCGGACUUGCGCUCAAAAUUCGGUAUGGAACGCUCGAGAUCGGAUUUCCCGACGGCCGGACAUUCCGCAUUCACGGACGUGAGGAUGGACCGAACGGCGUUCUUCACAUUCACGACUGGCGCUUUUUCCGCAUGGUGGUCAAGGCGGGGGAUGUCGGCGUCGGGGAAGCGUUCAUGGCCGGAUACUGGUCCUCGCCCGACGUGACAACGUUUCUUGAAGUGUUCUGCAUCAAUCAGGAAUCGACGCUGGAAGCGAUUCAGGGAAAGCCAUUGACCCGCCUUCUCCUUUCUGCCCGACAUUGGCUGAAUUCCAAUACCCGGCGCGGGUCCAAGCGAAACAUUUCGGCGCAUUAUGACCUUGGAAACGCGUUCUACAAGGAAUGGCUCGAUCCGUCGAUGACCUAUUCAUCGGCGAUUUACAGCAACGAGACCAACAACCUGGAGCAGGCACAAACGGAGAAGUAUGCGUCCCUGGUAAGGCAAACCGGAAUCGAACCGGAACACUCGGUCCUGGAGAUCGGGUGCGGCUGGGGCGGUUUUGCAGAACAUGUAGCAAAAACGGUCGGGGCGCAUGUUCGCGCGCUGACGAUAUCGCAAGAGCAAUUCGAAUAUGCAAGUGAACGUAUCUUCAAAGCCGGCCUCAAUGAAAAAGUGGACGUCGUGUUUCAGGACUAUCGCGAUGAACGCGGAGUUUUCGACCGGAUUGCCUCAAUCGAGAUGUUCGAGGCAGUUGGUGAAAAAUACUGGACGACCUAUUUUGACCAGUUGUCCAGAUGUCUGAAACCCGGUGGAAAGGCAGGACUUCAGAUCAUAACGAUCCAGGACAAGAUGUUUGAAGACUACAGGCGCGGCACGGAUUUCAUUCAGCGCUACAUAUUUCCAGGUGGCAUGCUGCCGCCACCGGGAAAACUCGUCGAAAUCGGCAAAUCUCUUGGACUGGACCUGGCAGAACAGAAGAUUUUCGGCCAGGACUAUGCCCGUACGCUCGCGGAGUGGCGGCAACGUUUCUGCCAAUCCUGGCCACAGAUACGCCCUCUUGGUUUCGACGAACGGUUCAAGCGACUUUGGGAGUUCUACCUCCACUAUUGCGAAGCCGGAUUUCGCGCCGGGAACAUUGACGUCAGACAGAUGGUGUACGUCAAAGCUCCCUGA